CGGAAGUGUUGCCCGGAAGUGUGGACACCGGACAGAGAUGUAACCAACCGGCGGCAGAAUGGCGAUAGUUCACCGUGCUGCAGUAUGUUUUACCUUUAGAAUAAUGCUCUUGUUAUUGUUUUGCGUUUCUCUUCCGUGUCUGCCGCUUUAUUCUUCAGCCGAGAGGAAUGACAGGCCUAUAAUUGGUGUACUCGCCCAAGAGGUUUAUUCCCCCAAACCAAAUCAGACCGCUUACAUGGCUGCCUCUUAUGUCAAAUUCCUUGAGUCAGCAGGAGCGAGGGUUGUACCUGUCAUGAUUAACCAGACACUGGAGGAGUAUAAAACACUGUUCAACUCCAUCAAUGGCAUCCUUUACCCAGGCGGAGGCGUCAGCAUCAUCUCGUCUGGUUAUCAGAGAGCCGCAAAAAUCUUUUAUGAACUUGCUAUUGAGGCAAACAAGAGAGGCGACUAUUUUCCCGUGUGGGGCACCUGUCUGGGGUUUGAGCAGCUGGCGUAUUUGACGAGUGGAAAGACAGUACUGUCCUUUACCAACACAAGUGGUGUGCCAUUGCCUCUGGUCUUCACUAAUGAAACCAAAGACAGCAGGAUGUUUAAAGGUUUCCCAGCUGAACUCAUGGAGGACCUGGCCAAUGAGCCGCUGACGGAAAACUCUCACAAAUGGAGUUUGGCAGUCUUGACUCUAAACACAAAUGAGGAGCUGAAGAAGUUUUACAAAGUUCUGUCCACAAAUACAGAUGGAAAAACAGAGUUUGUGUCAACGAUGGAAGCAUAUGAUUACCCUAUUUAUGGGACACAGUGGCAUCCAGAGAAAAAUGCAUUUGAAUGGGGGAGGCCUUACAUUCCACACUCUCCAUCAGCAGUCAAGACCACCUUCUACGUGGCGGAAUUCUUUGUCAAUGAAGCCAGGAAGAAUUUUCACAGAUUUGAAUCUGAGGAUGAAGAGAGCAAAGCGCUGAUUUACAACUAUAAUCCUGUUUACAGUGGGCCCAAGGGUGCUUUCGAGCAAAUCUAUGUUUUCUGAUGUCUGUUUGCGAAGAAGCUUUCUCUUUGCAAUAGGUGAUUUGCUGUCUCAAUCACCUGACUCAUGAAUGUUUGCAGAUAAUUUGAAUUUGCAUUUGCUGCUCGCUCCACCUGUUAAGGGGGGGG